GCUCUCGCCCGCGAGAAGGUGCUCGCUUCCUAUUCCGCUUCCCAUUCCUCGAGGGCUCCGUGCCCGCGGCGCCGUUCGCCUCCUCUCUUUGGCUGUUUUUCUCGUCUUUCCGAACCUGGUCUCCGUCCCGCGGCGCGCAGCGGUGCGCCGGGCGGCGAGACUUGUCGGGGUCCUCUCCGGCGAAGGGCUCCUUCGGGAUGGGCUCGAGUGGAUUCGAGGCGUCGGGUUAGGCUGCUAUUCCUGCUGAACUAACGUCUCCGGGGCCGGCCUGGAAUAAGUGAUGGGUGCUUGUUUGAUUAAGGAACACUAACAGGACUUACUUAGGAUCUGGCCUCGUAUUUUCUUUUUUCCCCUUUUUUUUUUUUUUUUUUUUUUUCCCUUUCCUCACCCCUUCCACCCCGAAAUAUCUUUGGAUUUAUUUAUACCAAAUUAAGGCAGUGGAAAAAGUCCUAGAUAAAAAAUGGUUGUCGCCUCUCUCUCCUGACUUCCUCAGACUUUCGGACGAAGAGCCUAUUCAAGUCCGAUGGGAGCAGUGUCGGUGUAUCCGUGGUGUUUACAAAGGAGUAAAUAUAAGUAUGACUAGAGUCUGAGGAAGGGCUCCUGUGAUCCUACCAAGAGCUUGCUGGUGCAGAGGAACAGUGCAAGGAGAGCAGCUGGGGCAUUUUGAGCUACCAUGGAUAUCCCCACUGAUUUGCUGCCAUCGUCCAUGAUGUCCCAUCCUGAGGUGAUUGAGUCCACAGCCAUGAGUGAACCACAGUGCUACUACAACGAAACCAUUGCCUUCUUUUAUAACCGAAGUGGAAAAUAUCUAGCCACUGAAUGGAACACUGUCAGCAAGCUUGUAAUGGGACUGGGGAUUACCGUCUGCAUCUUCAUAAUGCUGGCCAACCUCUUGGUUAUGGUAGCUAUUUAUGUCAAUCGCCGAUUCCACUUUCCUAUUUAUUACUUAAUGGCCAACUUAGCUGCUGCGGACUUUUUUGCAGGGCUGGCCUACUUUUACUUAAUGUUCAAUACAGGACCCAACACUAGAAGACUUACUGUAAGCACCUGGCUUCUCCGUCAGGGUCUCAUUGAUACCAGUCUGACAGCCUCUGUAGCCAAUUUAUUGGCCAUCGCUAUUGAGCGGCACAUUACGGUUUUCCGAAUGCAGCUGCACACUCGGAUGAGCAACCGCCGAGUGGUCGUUGUCAUUGUUGUUAUCUGGACUAUGGCCAUCGUCAUGGGUGCCAUACCGAGUGUCGGAUGGAACUGUAUUUGUGAUAUCACCCACUGCUCCAACAUGGCACCGCUCUAUAGUGACUCCUACCUGGUCUUCUGGGCUAUUUUCAACCUGGUCACUUUUGUGGUCAUGGUGGUCCUAUAUGCUCACAUCUUUGGGUACGUUCGCCAAAGGACUAUGAGAAUGUCCAGACACAGUUCUGGACCCCGCAGGAAUCGGGACACCAUGAUGAGCCUCCUGAAGACUGUGGUCAUUGUGCUUGGUGCUUUCAUUAUCUGCUGGACCCCAGGAUUAGUUUUGCUGCUCCUUGAUGUUUGCUGUCCCCAGUGCAAUGUCCUGGCCUAUGAAAAAUUCUUCCUUCUCCUGGCAGAGUUCAAUUCUGCCAUGAACCCCAUAAUAUACUCCUACCGGGACAAGGAAAUGAGCGCGACGUUCAAGCAGAUCCUGUGCUGCCAGCGCAGUGAGAGCACCAAUGGCCCCACUGAAGGCUCGGACCGCUCGGCCUCCUCCCUCAACCACACCAUCCUGGCUGGCGUCCACAGCAACGACCACUCCGUGGUGUGAAGACACAGCCGGCCGCAGGGCCAACAGCAGCAGGCCAUGCUGCAGGGGGCAGGUGUCUGACCCCAGGGAAGGUAACCCACUCAUGUUUUCUCAAACACUAACGGACUACAAGUGCAUCUUUUCCAGAGGGCCUGACAUACCAGCGCAGACUGCCCUGUCCACAGGACUGGCCAUGUUGCAAAGCCUUUGAUUUCUACUUUGAAAAAGUAGAAGAUAAUUGCUUUGCAGAAGAGGCCAUCAAUAACCCAUGGAAAGCCUUUCUGAGACUUUGUUGAACUUUGCUGCAUCUUGGUGCCAGUCUGAAUCAACUCUGAUUAAUUAAGCUUCUACUUGCUUCACUGCAUUUACAUGUAGCCACUUAGUAUUUUUAAAAAGGGAGUAAAGGGGAUAAAAAUAUGCCUAUCAUUUAAUAGACAUGUAAUAUGUAUCACCAUCAGCAUGCUUGUGAUGAACAUUUUCUGUGCAGGGAGUAAAACUGUGCUCUAGUCUUUGUAUCCUUAGUCACACUGUCAUAACUACAGUAAAAAGAAAAGUAUUUUUUUCUAACACAGGCAACAGGAAGAUGAGGAAACUGACUCUUCUUACCUUCAUUACUGGUGUUAGAGAAUGCAUGUUCUGUGUGUAUGCAGAUUGUUUUAAUUAUGAAAAAAAAAAUGCUCUUUGUAAAGUCUGCCAGAAAGUAGAAAAACAUAGACUGUAUUCCAGUGUUUGUUUAGAUUAUGAAAUAAACAGUACUUUAGUCACAAUGUAUAUAAGGUUCUUCUUUGAAGUACAGUAUGAAAUUUGUAACAUGUGAGAGUUACCAAGUUUUUUAUGGACAAGUUCUUAAAGUAGGACACAUCCCUAAGGCUCUUAAAGGGCUACGGUCAGGUUGAUAGAUUGCAAAAAUUAUGGCAUAUUCUUGGAAUGCUUUUCUUGUUCAUGGCAAAAAGCAUAUGCAUUUUUAAGGGCGAAAAAGAGAAGGUAUGUGUUUAUGGAACCUUUCCUGUAAUUGAAAACAAAACACCUUCUGCAUUUUUGCACUGAGAAGUAUUUGUAGGGUACCAUUCAAAUGUUGCCUCCUUCAUUUCAGAAGCAGUAGGCUACUAGGAACCAAGACACAAUUUUAUUUUGUAAAGUCGACACUUUACAAAAUAGUUAUCCAUUGCAAAUGACUGGACCUUAUUACAGAUAAUAGCCACAUAUGUACACUGUUAUAAAUACCUAAGCUAACAGGUGGUUUUUUUUUUCAUAUGAGACUGUUUUGAAGAGAAAUGUAAUUCAUGUGAAUAUCAGUUACCAAGAACCACUGAUAGUAAACAAAACUCAUUAAGAGGGGUAAAUGUGAGCAAAGAUGAGAUCCUGCUGAUAAAAAACUUGGGACCUCUUUCCAAGAAACUGCGUGUUCUCCUAACAAAGUAAAAUAUAUCAACAGUAAAUUCCUGGCGCUGUUUUCAUCAUUGUAAUUUGUCUCUAUAACAAAAGAAAAAAAAAACAACUAAAACAAAAAAAGUGAAAAAAAAAAGGAAAAAACCCCACACACAAAAAAAAAAAAAAAACCCACAAAACAAAACAAAAAACACAAAACAGAUAUAUAUUUAUAUUCUUCAUUGUACCAUACGGAAAUGUAACUUAAGGGAUGAUAUUCUCCCAUUUGGACAGGGAAAAAACGGAGGGUAGAGGGUCAGCUCAGCAAAAUCCAGUGUUUCCAGCAUCUCUUGCUUUGAGGAGAUGUUUGGAUUUUAUGCUUCCACACAAAAAAUUGCUUGGAAUAGGCAGUUCACUGCCUGAGACAGGGAAGAGAAACAAGUGAAUUAUCCUGCCUCCACUGAAUGAAGUAAGAGUUACGACGCUGUUUUCAGUAAAACUGAAAUCCACCUGAAAUGUCAAGCUAGUUUUGUGUGGACACUGUGGAAGGUGGAAUAGGCAGAGAAAAUAAAUAUUACAUUGUCAGCCAGCUGACCAGGGUUUUGAAUAUAUCCACUUGCUUUGAACAAAACUGGUCUUUUUUCUGACUGUAUUUUAGAGCAAGUGAUUGUACAGGUUGCUUUAGUUUUAUUCAUAGAACUGUACAGAGAAACAGAAGAACAGGCUGUAUGAACUUUUUCCUUUAAAAGCAUCUGCUUACUAAUCCACUCAUAUUUUUUCCUUAGUGCCUGCUUGAUACUUGAACUAGUGCAGGUAAGCAGAAGAAAGGAGGAGGUAAGACUUCCUCCAAAGACAGGGGACAUCCGACUGAAAAACAAUUUCUUUUUUCCCAAGAGUGCUUUCUUCCUUGGAUCCAGCAGGAGCACUUUUUCCUGUCCCUAACAUCCCCACAAAAGUAGAUCAUAGACACUUUAUUGUAGGAUUUUGGGUUUUUCGGGCUUGGGUGUUUGCCCUUUCCAAGUGUUCUUUUCACUGCUAUUUGCAUGCUUUUAUUGAAUCUCAUCUGUAUAGUGUGGGAGGAUGAUGUUACAAAAUACCAGCAAAUCAUUCACUCUAGUUUAACCUGCUGGAAGUCUGGUGGGUUUAGAGAAGCCAUGGAUGAAUAACUUGAAAACAGGAGUGAUGUGGUUGUUUGAACAUGGGUGGGUCCAAAGGCCUUUUGUGAAGACACAUACCCAAGGAGGUUUUUUGUUAUCAUUGUGACUGUGACAGAGGGCAUUUUUGUUGUCCAGGUAUAUAGUUCAAUCCAAGGAGGCACUUAACAAUUCAAAAAGGUGAACCUUUUGAACUCUUAACAGCAGUUAAAUUUCAGUUGUCAGGUAUAUUAAUCCAGGAGUAUGCCUGAAAACAGCUGGUUUUUCUUUAAAAGUUGAAGUGCAAUUUUUCAGAUCAAAUGCUACAGGAGGAACAUUGCUUAUGUAAUUCUGCUAGAGGAAUUCACUGAGCAUAUGGCUGCUAUAUAACAAUUUGAUUAGUGCUUUGUGUUGUUGACGUGUUGUUCCUAUAUCCUUAAGAAGUCUGAACUCUGAAUUGAGUAGUUCUUUGCAAGCUAAUGAAAUUAAAGCACCAGUGAGCAAAGAGAAUAAAAACCAGAGCCUAGAAUAGAAAGAUUCAUUAGCUGUGUUCCUUAGAAUCAUUCCCAGUCAUUUGUUGUCAUCUCAGAAUUUUUUUUAAAUUUUGGUCUUCUACUCAGAUUUUUUCAGCCCCAUUGUGCAAUUGUAGAACACACUUCUGCUAUGUGAAAACGUAGUGCAAAGUACUUAGGGAAACAGAUUGCUCCACUUAUUUUUACUUAUCUCAAAUCUUCAAAAGGUUUUAGAACACUUCUUAAAAUACCAACGAUCCUCCCACAGUCAUUAAAAUUCUUUUGUUGCCAAUUGCCUCUGGUCCAAGGAAAUCCUCUUGAAGUUCAAAUCUAAUGGUGUUUGUGUCAGCAAUUGUAGUGGUGGGAAAUUGUGUAUUAAAAGGAAUAUAAUUUGCAGAUCAAGAAAAAUGAGGUUUUCUACUUCAUGUAGUUCCAGUGGCAGUAUAAAUCUGAAAACUAAUUAAAAUAUGGCCUUUGGAUUUUAAUUCCCUGUUGCUGUGAUAGAUAUACAGAAGCUAGGUAACCCAUUGGUCAGAAAAAGCACAUUUUUAUAAACGAUUGAAAAUAUAUUCCAUGUACGUUUGACACAUUGAUUUCUUUGUCAGCACCUUUUUUGUUCUGAGUAUUCUGGGAUCCUUUGGCAGCUUCAGGCUGGCUUCUGACUGAGAUACUAAAAACUGGACAGAUAGAAGAGAGAGCAGACCAAAAAAAGGCUUUUUCAGUGGUUCCUAAAAUUCAGCAUACCUCUCUGUCCAGAGUGCACCAGUAAUGGAGUUUUUGUAAAUAGUUGCCACAUUGUUUUUAUUAACUCUGCCUUUGCCAAAUAGUCGCAGCUGUAGCAGCAUUUAAACAAUCAGGCAGCAAAAGCUCGGAGUAGGCCACUUGGUGAAAGGGAAAGGGCAGACCUGCUGUCUUCAUGGGGCAAACUAAGCCAGGGUAACUUGGAUGUCAAAGAGGAAAAGACAUGUCUUAUAUCCAGUGUUUUAGUUCUCCUUCCUCUGCUAAGUAACUUCUGAAUAUCAACAUAAAUUUGUCCCAGUAUGGGUUUGCACUGAAAUUAAACUUUUCAGGUCAGUUAUGGACUACCUUUUGGUCUGUACUAGUGUGGUGGGCAGAGGUUUAACCAUGACUAGUCUGGGUCCCAAGGAGCAGUGUUUCAGGGGAAACUGAAGUGGGGUCUGCUUCUGAACCAGGUUUUUUACCUUUUUUUGACCUUUGUGUUGCCCCAGAAGUAUGCUACCAGAUACCAUACUUAACUACUGUAAAGCCAUCUAGGGUUUCUGUCUGUGACACCGCUGCAGGCAGAUCUGUCUGCAGUGAGUAUCCACAGACAAAAAACAUGUAGAUUUUUCUGUGAAAGAAAUAAAAGUCCACCAUGUAGAUUGGUUUUACCAGGUAGGAUUAAAAAGAGCACCACCAAACGGAGAGGCUUUGAUGCAAACACCCCUGGUCUGUUUUUCAGUAUGUGUGAAUCAAAGUGAAUCAAAGUGGGCAAAGGCGUUUCUCUAGGGCAUUGUCCCCAACCCAUGAGGAGCCAUGACCCCAUCCCUUGGUGUCCCUGUCAUUGUUCUGGGUCUUUUCUGACUGCAAGACUGGAUGUAGCUGGCAGAGAACAGUCUUAGCAAACUGGCUAGUUUUUUUCCAUUCGCUGCAGAAGUAAAUACAGGCUUUUCCUUUUUCUGGUCCUGUUAAGGGCUUUCCAGUUAUUGCAAGUGUACCUGUCAUGUCCUUUCAAACCAGUUCUUGCUGUGAGGCACCAGUCUGUGCUAUACACUGAUGUCUAUAAGGGGAUUUGCAACUGCAAUCUCAUUUGUUCAGACAAAUUGCUUGGCUUUUCCAUUCGAUUGGAAAGGCCACUUCCAAUAGAGAGUUAGCUUUACUGACAUUCACACCUGCCCAGCCACAGCUCCUUAGGAAAUUUAUGUUAAGAUAAGGAUCUUUCCUUCUAUUUUCCUCUCUUAGAGGAUUUUCUAAGAAGCUAUUCACCUAGCUACUCUUUUCUAAAUCUAUCAAGAAGACAAAAAAGAGGUUGAUAUUUAAAGAAAACAAACAAAACACUCAAACCAAAGCAAAACAAUUACAACCUCACAACAAUUAAAACCUCACAAAACAAACUAAAAAAGCCACAAGAAAAACACAGAGCACGAGGAUAUUAAACUAUGCUGCUGUCUUCUGCAGUAUAUGAAAAUCCAACACAUUAAUAGCUGCCAGCUUUUCAAUAAGAGCCUCCAUGAAAUGUUCCCUUUUGUCUGUGAUAAAAUUCUGAUAACCAAAACUGUAUGUGAGAGACUCAGGAAUCUGUUAAUUUUUCCUGUUUAAAUAAAGCCGUGUUUGUAAUUCAAAAGUAUUGAGAGAACCAAUGAGCUUUGCAAACAAUAUUGUUACUAAGUGCACUUACUGUAAAUGUUUAGAGGUUGUAUCUAGUACAAUAAAGUAUAUGGCAUGUGUAA